AUGGCGCCGCUAACCGUGCCGGUUGAGAGUCUCGACCUUGACGACAUUGAGAACGCGGCACUCGUCCCACUGGCCCUCCACGACAUCAACUUCACCUACCCCUCGCCCCACAAGAUGGCCGCAUAUGUCCCGCGCCGCCACGACGAGGCGAGAGACGACGGCGAGGUGUCGAGUGAGCCCGAAGUCGACCUCGACUUGUGUCAUCGGCACGCGCCUGCGUACGAAGCCCAGAUCAUGACGCUCUACAUGCAGCUGGACACGAGCAGCAGUGCCGCGCCGUCAUCGACCACCUCUGUGCUGCACGCAGGGCUCCGGGUCGCGCUCGUGCAGCAUCUCAAGCACGCAUUGGAGCUGGAAGCUGCUUCGCAGUCGGCAAGUGCGGUAGCACCGCAGCCCAUGGUCGUGUCCCUUCUCCUCAUGGUGCUCGAGUUUGCGCUACGUCUCGAGCUCGUCGACGUGCAGAUCGCGGCAACUUUAGCGAUAGCCGUUGUCGACACCAAGUUGAGUCGGUUCACGCAAGCCCACGCGCACGUCGAGACAGGGCUUCGGCUUGGUAUUGAGAUUGAGCACCGAACGCUGCUGUUUGUCGCGUACCUCUGUCUCUGCGACCUAUACGUCGCGCAGCGCCACGCAGAGCGCGCGAUUGAGUUUCUACACCGCGCCAAAGACUAUGCGCUACCCGCCUGGAAGCUGAGCUUUCAUGCCAACCUCCAAAUCCUCCAGGCCAUCCCGCCGGUGCCCUUUUCCGAAAAGCUCGAAGCGUGGUGGGGCCUCUCAGACGAGCGCGCCAAAUUGCGGUCCGAGGUUCGAACGCAAUUUGGCGCCACGGUGCUCGAGUCGCUGACCGCCGACCAGCUGCUUUUGGCGCUGCCACCUCGCAGCGUCCUCGUCAAAGUCGACAAGCUCGUGCAGUAUCGCAUCGGGUACGAAGGCGACUGGACAGUGCGGGACCUCCUUCGGGCGGCGAUCCAGCGCCACGAACGCGGCCAGUCGUCGUCCAAGUGCCUUGUUGGCUUUAAGGAUCCAUCGACGUGCAGCGGCGACCGUGUCCUGCCACUGCAUUUGCCCCUGCGCCAAUGCCGCCUCCACCUUGGCCUGGAAGCGGUCAUCGAGCCGCGCUCAACGCUGCACGCGCCGACUGGCAAUACGCCCCAUGGCUACAUCUCGUGCUCGCUCUGCCAGCAAUCGAUUUCGAUCGACGCGGUCGAGGAGCACUCGCAAAUCUGCUUUCAGCAGCGCCAUCCACCGUCGUGGUUCGUGUAG